GUUUUCGAAUAUGAUUGAUGAAGCAUUUUGUGUUAUAUGCGUAUGUGACAUAAACUUCGAUAAUCAUAGAAUCGAAAAAUUGUGCGAAAACCUGGUUUUUCAAGUCAAAAAUUCAUAUAUAAAUGAUCGGUCGCUAAUGUUUUCUCUCACUGUUUGGUUUUGAUUCUACCCUAUGCAAUAAUGUGAAACACGUGUACGGAGAUGAUAUACAAAUUAACAGCAUAAUCAAUAAACAAAGUUUUUGCUUGUUCAUCGUCUUUACAUGAGUUGUAAUAGUUGUGUGCUCAAGGACCACUUUACUCUACCAUCGGAGGAUUCAAAUGCCAGAUAUAUCAGUGAAUUAACACACAAUGAACAGUUAUUGAAAGAAACUAAAUUAAAACACUUUUUGAUAACAGAACAAAAGCGAUCGAAAUUGUAUAGAUCAUUAAUUGCUAAAGUUAAUUCCAGUUGUAUAGAUGACAAACUGUUAUCUAAUUUACCCAGUGAAUCAGUUCUUACUACUUUGAAUCAAAAUACAUCGUGUGACAGCACCAGCAGAACAGAUUCUCAAAAGUGCAGUAAUCGUAGUGAAGUAUUAACCAAUUCAGAAAAGUUUUUCAAACAAUCACCUAGACACGAAACUAGUUUAUCUAGUCGUACAAUAACAACAACAACAACAAAUAAUACUACACAUAAUCAUUGCAAAUGUACUGAACAGAGUAUUGAUGACUUGUCCAGUCGUGCUAAGGCGUUAUCACUUCAUAGUUUCCCUUAUCUCGUGAAAAGUUUAAAACUUAGAACUUCUAGCUUACACGAGCAUAAAGCUAGACAAAUGAGACAGGCUGUUGGAAGACGUAUUUAUUCAGAUGCUGAACGUAAAAAGGUCUGUGAUCUACGUCGAAAUAAAGAAGAUUUAAUUUUAUCGGAAAACAUUAAAGCUAAAGCUGAAAAACAUUUUCUUAAUGUAAAAUCUAAUAAAACUCUUAAAUCGUCUAAUUAUUUGAAGAGAAAUUCAACACAAAUUAUGUCUACUAAUAGAGAUAACUUGACAGUAAAUGAUCAUAGCAACUCAAUUGAUGAAAAUAAACUCAAUAGUAAUUCGAAUCAAACAAUUAAGUGUAAUUAUAAAGAGAAUGAAGUGUUUUAUUCAAAAGAUACAAAUUUGUCCGAUACCAUGGAUACUAAAGAGAUAAGUCUGGAAAAACCCAAACGUGAUGGUCAUAAUGGCGAGAUGCUUUCCUUAUGGUCUCGCUUAUCUAAUCGUCUGAAUAAAAAAAUUCCACCGCUUUGUCUCUGCAUGGAAUAUUCUCGCCAUGAUAUUGAUGAAGUCCCACCAUGGUUGAAAUGUGCCAAUAAUUGUCAAUUUUAUCAUAAUCCAGAAGCUUUUCUCAAGGUGUUACUGGACUAUAUGCAGUCGCUAAACCUGUCAUAAGGUCGAAGAACAAAUCCCCAUCGAAUUAAACAGCUACAUUCUGUCAAAUUCGCAACUUUUGGAUCAUAGUUAUCAGAUUUUGGAUAAUGCAAAUGAAAGGACGAAGCUUGUCACAACUGUGAUAUAUUAGCGCAAUACAAACGAUGCAAACCAUAUUAUACUGGAUAAUGAAUCAAUAGCAUUAGACUAUGUUCGAAAUGUAUUGGAUUAAUAUAUUUCAUAGUUCUGAUCAAAUUCAUCUCAUUGAAGGAUUAUACAAAUACAAGAAAUUGAAAUUAGCCACGAGGUGGAUAGACACGAAAUAAAUAAACAUGUAAUCAUAAGAUGUUUGUUAUUUAGAGGAAGAUGAAGAAUCCUUGCAGAUUUUGAGCCACUUCAACCAGUGAGUAAAAUAUUAUAAGCACUUGAAUCAUGGGAUGUGGCCAUUCUUGGUUUGAUUAAACGCUAACACUGGAUAUCCAGAAAGUGGGGCGGCGUAACAAGAUCUAAGUAUUCCUCAAAAGUUUAACCUAAUGCAGACUCAUUAUCUGAUCAGAAUCGCCCAACUUUAGAGCUGAAAACUCAAUGUUUUCACUACAUAACUGAUGUUUUGGCACUUGCAAACGAUUAACAGAUGCUAUCCUAGGCAGUUUAUUCCAACAAUAGACAUGCAGAUUACUCUGACUUAAGUGGAUUGGAAAACACCAAACUGCUGCAACUCCAGGGUAUAGAUGCAGUUAACGCACAAACGGGUAGCCUCUCCGUACUUGGAGCAGACAAUGUUGUCGGCCAAUCUUCAGGUAAAACCAAACGCUAACUAAAUGUUCAAAUAUCUUUUAUUAAAGCAUCCAGGAGACUUCAAAUUCUGUGAAUGACCUAGCCCAGAACGACUAUAUUAUGUAUGGUAAGUAAAUUAGUUCAAUCAGAUCGGUUUCGGACUGUCUGAAGCAUAAAAUCGCUUAUAUUAAUGCACCUAUCGUGAAGCUGAGCAAGAGUAGCAGCUAUGGAGACGUUUGGUCUACAUUAGUUGUCGUUAGCUUAUAUAUAUAUGCUUAAGUGGUGAUGGGGACUUUUAUGGUAUAAUACUAGCUGAUUAUUGAAAUGCUUUACAACUAUAGUGAGUGAUGAUUGCUUACAUUCAAAUACGUUACCAGUUACCCGUUUUUAUCAUAAAACGACUAAAUGUUUUUAACUACUUAGCAAACCACUUCUACAGUAACUUAAAAGUGAAAACAUUCGCAUCAUGCAAGAACCACAAUUUCCAUAUUGAGGAUUUUAAAGCUAUCUAAGUCCUUCAGUAAAAACAGUAUGGAGUCUGAAAAUAUCAGUAAAAUAAAUCGAGUACGUGGAUUUGUACCACACUUUAUGAACUUCAGCAAAGCACAUGACUUGAAAACAUUCACCCACUAAAGGUGAAAUCAUCGACGGUAUAACUAAGCUUGAGUGGACUCCAUAAGGUACAUUUUGAUGUGGUAUGACUAAGGUGUAAGCGCUCAAGACAUAAGAUAACGGAUAUUGCUUUAUAAUGACUAGUCGACUUAGUCUUGAUUGUAGUCUCAAGUUCAGAAAGAAACCAACUGAUAACCUAUGAAUUUAUAUCAAGUAUGAGUGUUUGAAACUUGUCUAGACACUGUCUACUUUGAUGGAGUAGGCUGACUGGAAGAUUAUGUGCCCUUGAGUGAAAGGAAUGCAUAAAUUCACGAAAUCUAUGACGUGUAAAGAACCAUAGGCUUUCUCUUGGUCACAGUUAGAUGACUGUUAUCCGUGCCUGGAGAAUAACUGAUGUAAUUCAGAAUUC